GUUAUCUACGAAAACGUCACGCGUCGGGGGAACAUUGGUGGCGUUACUAGCUUUAUGUACCACAUCACGGCUGGCAUCGUCCAGGGCUGCCCGGCUUCUGGGCUUCUCUUCAGUCUCGCUCUUGAUCCCUUUCUUCAAGACUUUCGCUCCGUGGUGGACGGCACGGGCCGUGGCCAUACGAGAGCUUGUGCCGACGACAUCGGCAUGGCGCUGAAGUGCAUCUCCGCAUUGAGUGAGAUCUCGGCGGUUUUUCGGAAGGCUCAGAGACUGGCGCACCUGAAGCUCAAGAUCCCGAAGUGCCACAUUGUCCCGCUUAUAGAUUCGGCAUCUCCUGAAGUCAUUCACCAGUAUCGCCUCUGGCUUGGCACUCACCUUCCGGGUUGGACCUCCAUGGGAAUCUCGGGCAAACUCAAGUACCUUGGGAUGUUUCUAGGACCUGAUGUCGAAUGGGACUCGUGGCACGCCCCGCUCAGUAAGUACCAGUCUCGUUGUGCCUUGAUAGCUGCUGGUGGCUCUGCGACAGAG